AUGCUUGCUAGAGUCCUUCCUUCGUUAAACAAGCCCUUGGUUGGCGGUCGUCGUUUGCUUACGGCCCGUCCAUUUGUGCGUUUCAACACCACCACACCACCACGGACCCCAUCUCCUCCUCCAGUACCAACACCUCCAAGAAGAAAGGGUAACGGAUGGAUUGUUGGUGCUUUCCUUUUGGCAGGUCUUGGUUUUGCUGGUACUUUUGUCUAUGCGUUGACACCUAAAGAAAAAUCAGGAGGUCCGGCUUUCUCUGAUGGAAAGGUUUCAGUUGUGUUCGUGUUAGGAGGACCUGGAUCUGGAAAGGGUACCCAAUGUUCAAGAUUGGUGAAAGACCAUGGAUUUGUCCAUCUUUCUGCCGGUGACUUGUUAAGAGCAGAACAGUCUAGAAAGGGCUCUAGAUAUGGAGAAUUGAUUGCUACUCAUAUUCGUGAAGGUACCAUUGUUCCUCAAGAGGUCACCAUUGCAUUAUUGGAACAAGCAAUUAAGGAGAACUUUGAAAAGGGAAGCACCAAGUUUUUAGUUGAUGGGUUCCCUAGAAAGAUGGACCAAGCCAUUACAUUUGAAGACUCAGUGGCCAAGUCUUCAUUUACUUUAUUCUUUGAGUGUCCUGAGGCCACCAUGUUGGAAAGAUUAAUGGAAAGAGGUAAGACCAGUGGUAGAACCGACGACAACAUUGAAAGUAUUAAAAAGAGAUUUAGAACAUUUGUUGAUACAUCCAUGCCUGUGGUUGAAUAUUUUGAUAAACAAGGUAAGGUUGUUAAAGUUAGUUGUAACAACACUGUGGACCAAGUUUACUCUGACGUGGAGAAGGCAUUGAAGACUAGAGGCAUUUAA